AUGAGAAAUAAAGAUAUAGUAUGGUUCUGUUUUUUCACAGUAAUUUGUCCAGUUACUUUAGUAGAUCCUAGUUGUAAAGGUAAAUUAAAUACAAAUGAAAUCUUACGUGAAGAACCACGUUUUGUUAAUUCUGUACCUAAUGGAAAACGUUUUAUUGUUGGACAAGGUUAUGAUAAAAUAAAUAUUGUUCAUGUUUAUGGUGGUACACCAUAUGAUAUGGGAUAUGCAUUUGGCCAAUUAAUGAGUGAAGAUCUUAAACAAAUUGUUCCAGAAUAUUUUACUUAUUUAGAAAAUAUGAUAGAAGAUUUGAUUAAGCAAUUACCACCAUUUAUUGCAAAAUGGAUUGUAGAAUUUGGUUUACGUGGUGCUCUUGAUCUUAAUUAUGAUAUUACUCGUAAAUAUACACCACCUUGGUAUAAUGAAGAACUUCAAGGUCUUGCUGCUGGUAGUGGUAUAUCAUAUGAAGAUAUUCGUCGACUUAAUCUAAUUCCAGAAUUAACCAAAGCUGCAUGCAGUGUAUUAGGUGCAUGGGGUGAAUCUACCAUAUCAUCAACAUUACUUCAUCUUCGUUCAUUAGAUUGGGAUGAAAAAGCACCAAUAGCUAAAUAUGCAACAGUAACUAUCUAUCAUCCAAAUGCAUCUUAUGAAGGUUAUGCUAAUCAUUUUCAUGAUUAUUAUAAACAAAAAUAUACAACAUCACAUGUUUUUGCUAAUUUUGGUUAUCCUGGUCUUAUUGGAUCAAUUGGCGCAUAUAGUGGAGUUUCAAUUGGGUUAGGACAAAAAGUUUGGAUUACAACCGAACAAGAUAUAACGUCACGUUUUGGUAAUCCAUGGACAUAUGUUCUUCGAGAUGUAAUUCAAUUUUCAAAUUCACUUGAUACUGCUUUAACUAUGCUUAUUAAUAUAAAACGAACUUGUUCAGUUCAUCUUGGUCUUGGAGAAUUUCAUCGAAAUGCGUCAAUUAGUAAUGUUGGAUUUCUUGGUAUUGAAUAUAGUGCAAAAGAAUUUAAUGUUUAUUCAUGGAAAGAUAUGUAUAAUACAUCAAAUCAUCCAAUAUUAGAAGAUGUUAUCUAUUGGGAUCCACAUCCACAACCAUCAAAUCAUCCAUGUUUUGCUAGUUUAUUAAUUGAUCAUUAUGGUCAUCUUGAUGCAACAAGUAUCAUUCGAAAUAUAACUAGUUUAUUAAAAACAGGCAAUACAUUAAAUUUAAUUAUUGAUUAUGAUGAAAAUGCAGCUUAUCUUGCAUAUAGUGCACCUGAUGAUCCACAAGGACCAAUUGAAGCUUUUAAUCGAGUUCAUACUCGACUUGAUAUGAUGAAAUUAUUUGCUGAACCUUCACCGAAAAUUGAAGAUUUCAAAUAA